CUUUCUUUCUCUUGUUGCUCUUGUUAUUUCUAUCUCAUCCUUCCAAGCAUAUCUCAAUCCAUUGCCUUCUAUAUGAUUCGCAAUUGAUUGCAUUCCUCUCUACAUUCACCAUUACAAUAACGCAAUACCCCGCCAUACCUCAAUUGAAAUUCGAAUGUCAAUAGAUUACGCCUUCUUCAUUGAACUGGAUCCCGAAACAGGCACAAAGAACUUCCACCCUAAGCCUCAGCUGACCAGAACGAACUACCUACGCAACACUUACUUAAUACACACACAGCCAGCUCUCUUGCGAUAUCUACGACAUAUCUCUCCCAAUCUCCGAACUUCUUUCUUGUUUAGCAAAUCAUAUUUGCGGAUUUAAGAAACAGGAAAUCCGACGUCAAGGGUUGCCACAAAUUGGCGCGGGGCAGCGAACAACAAACGAAAUAUGGAUGACAAAACAUUCACCUCGAUCCUGCAGCCUUCUACUACCUUCGAUCUUAGACAGCAGUCAUCGUUUGCUACAAAACCAUUCAACAAUUCAUCAACCUCCACUUCUACUUCAUCGGCUCAAUUCAUCAAACCAAUUCUUACAACUUCUUCCCGACCCAUGAAUAUGCAACGUAAGAAUCAACUUGAUAUUGCCAAUACGCUUAUGUCACCGCCAGAGCCACUUCCUCUCGAUAACUUUACACAUUCGAGCCAGGGAUUCACAAUGGAUUCAAAGAUGCGAAAACUUCACUCAAUCGUCGGUGCGACGUUUCCCAUAUCGCCACCUGUGUCUCCAGAGACCAAAGCCAGGUCACCAGAAGAGCCCACUGGUUCACAAGCAAUCACCGAUCCAAUUCUAUAUCCACUUUCCGACAACCAAGGCUCAUCUGCCAGUCAAUCAUCCCUCUUCGAAGACAGUGAUGACCCUCUCGUUACACACCGAUUAGUUGAUGAGCAUGUUGCAGCAAGGAAAGCUAGCAUGUUUCGAGAAGCCUCCCCUCCACGCCGCGAUGAGUAUGAGCUCGCUCUCGAAUUUAAAUCACAAGUGGUAAAGAUUAUGUCAAAGGAUCCAGCACUUUGGCUACGAAGGGAGAUGGUAUAUCUUAGAGAAGAUCGGGAAUUACAAUCUGGCGCAAGACGAUGGACAAACAUUGCUCCUGCAGUGGGAAGAGGCAAUAGGGUUUUAGGCAAUACUGCUACAAGAGUUACAAAGACGGUCCGCCCUCCUCGACCUGCUCAGACACCUCGCGGAGUCCGCACAGUAUCGUCAGCAACACCUGGCCCUGAUAUCAAGAGAGUUGCUCGAGAAGAUAAGGAUUUUGAGAACCUUCCAGACUAUUGUCCACCAAUCACUAGUCUUCCUAACAAACCCAACUCAUUGAAAGUUGAUUGGAAGGGAGCUCCAAUUGAUCUCCGAAAUGAUCCAAAUGUUCAUCUUCUUCAUCCAGAUGAGAUUUCUCUCGCAGCCAAUCUUCGCCUUGAUUGUGCAACCUAUCUUACAUCCAAACGUCGAAUCUUCAUGAAAAGAAUUGAAGCAUUAAGAGUUGGGAAGGAAUUCAGAAAGACUGAUGCCCAACAGGCAUGUAAGAUUGAUGUCAACAAGGCUAGUAAACUCUGGCAAGCAUUUGACAAAGUUGGUUGGCUUAAUCCAUCUUGGGUCAAGAAGUAUGCUUAGAUUGAUGGCUCUUGUCGGCUAGCCAUAUUUUACCACUCCACCAUCAUUUAUCACUACGAACCUAUUGGUAUUUUAUACCAAUACACGAUACACGAUUACGACUCUGUCUACAUUUUUCAUUCACGAAUUUUUGAUUAAUUUCAACUGCAUUGCGACGGUUAUUCGCUUAUACUGAGACUCGACUUUCCCUUUUUGAUAUCACAGUUUACAAGCAUAUGAUACUUAACACAUUGGUUUCCUUUCUAUUUUCGGCCUGGUGCAUAUCUUACAUACAUAUUAACAUCAUAUUAUCUUUGCAUCGGGCUGCUUUGAUACCCAAGAGAGCCCGCCCAGCUCCUCUCUCACGAUAACAUUUUACUUUAUUUAUUCUCUUUUUGUUCAUUAUGGCCCAGGGGAAUAUUAUAUUCCGGCUUGUCAUUUUUUUUGGAUUUUCUUUGACUUUAAAGUCUGGAUGGAUCUUCAGCAUUGUGGAUGGACUUAUGGAAUCUAUGGUUUCCUACGGGAUAGUUCGGGAUCCUAUUGGCGUUUUUGAUUCACAUGAGUCUUACCAUUCUCAUAGGUUAUGGAUGGCUGUCGGGCUAUGGUAUGGCAUGGUUGGAGAUUUGUCUGGUGAUUGGUUGCAUUGGGUAUGGAUGGGGUGGUUAGGAAUUUUUUUGCAGAUAGUCGGAUAGGAAUGGUUUGGAUGGGGUUGGAAGGUUGGAGAACAACACAUUAUAACAACGAAUGCACAAUG